UUAUUCUCUAGUGGGGGAGCGGAAGUUAUUUGUGGUUAUGUUGCUCAUCUUUGAUGUCAGAGGUCUUUGUGCUAAUAUAAACUAUUGAAUUGGAAUAGAAGCUUCACUAUAUUUUUAAUUUAAUCAAAUAUAUUAAAAUAAAGAAUGUUUACAGGAGGAAAGUUGUCUGAGUGUUAAGGGUACAAUGGUGGUCAGAGUGAGUUCCCACAGGAAUGUCCGGAUACUGCUGGUGGGUGACAGAGGUGUUGGCAAGACCUCCUUGAUCUUGUCUCUGGUAAGCGAAGAGUUUCCGGAGGAUGUUCCCCACAAGGCAGAAGAGAUCACCAUCCCGGCCGAUGUUACUCCGGAAAUGGUCCCCACCAACAUUGUGGAUUACUCAGCGGUGGAACAGACAGACUUGCAACUGUCAGAGCAGCUGCAGCGAGCCCAUGUGGUCUGCCUGGUGUACUCGGUAGCAGACGAUGACACGCUGAUGAGAGUGACCACAUACUGGCUGCCUUACAUCCGGGAGGCGCUGUCUCACACACGCCGACCUCCUGUCAUCCUGGUUGGCAACAAAGUGGACCUGGUCGAGUACUCUACCGUCGAUGCCGCUUGUGAUAUAAUGGAAGAAUUUCCGGAAGUGGAGAGCUUUGUUGAGUGUUCGGCGAAGACGUUGAAGAACAUCAGUGAAAUGUUUUACUAUGCGCAGAAAGCAGUUUUACAUCCGACUGGGCCAAUCUACAUCAGUGAUAGACAAGAUCUUACAGACGAGUGUAAGAAAGCUUUGACUAGGAUUUUCAAGGUCUGUGAUAUGGACAACGAUGGUCUUCUAAAUGACGCGGAGCUCAACUCAUUCCAGAAACGAUGUUUCGACACGCCACUGCGGCCCGAGGCUAUGGAAGACGUGAAAGUCGUUCUCAGGAAAAAUAUAUCAGGAGGUGUUUCCCCCAAUAAUUGCAUAACUCUUACAGGUUUCCUGUUCUUGCACUGCCUUUUCAUGCAGCGGGGUCGCAGUCACACGACCUGGACAGUCCUUCGCAAGUUUGGCUACAACGAGAAUCUUCAUAUGUCCAAAGAAUUCCUCUUUCCACCGAUCCGGGUGCCCAACGGCUGCUCCACCGAACUCAAUCACAAGGGCCAACAGUUCUUCACAGCAGUCUUCGAGCGGUUUGACAAGGACAAAGAUGGUGCCCUCUCACCGUUCGAACAGGAGAGUCUGUUCUCUAUGUGUCCUGCACCCCCAUGGGGGUCUGACAUCAAGGACAUUGUGCCCACUAAUCAUCAGGGUUGGGUGACUCUGCAUGGCUUCAUCUGUUUCUGGAUGCUGACUACACUCCACGACCUGCCGACAACACUCGAGUACCUGGCUUACCUCGGAUAUCCAAUCUCCGACGAUGAAAAUCAGCUGUCUGCAAUAACAGUGACGAGAGAGAAGCGAGUGGACUUGCUGAAGCGACAAUCAACUCGUACAGUCUAUGAGUGUCAUGUGUUGGGAGCCGUCACUGUAGGGAAGUCCAUGCUGUGUCGCAGCCACAUAGGCCAAUAUCUCGAGGAUGUCCCGGACUGGGAGAUACAGGGCGUGACGCAAUGUACCAUCAACAUGGUCCACGUGUACGGCCAAGAGAAGUACUUGGUGCUGAAAGACAUCGAUCUGCCGAACAAGGAUGCGGUGUUACACCCGGCCGAUGUGGCAUGUGACGUCGUCUGUCUCGUGUACGACGGAACCAACCCACAAUCCUUUGAGUACAUUGCCAACGUUUUCACGAAAUACUACCAGGAGAGCAAGGUGCCUGUGAUGGUUGUCUGUACGAAGGCAGACAGACCCCAGGUGCGGCAAGACUUCACCAUCCAGCCUGCAGACUUUUGUGAGAUGCACAAACUGUCACCUCCCCAUGCUUUCACAGCAUCAAGAGACAGCUCAGCCGAGCUCUUCGUCAAGCUUGCGACUAUGUCUGCCUUCCCUUCACUGCGUCGGGUCGUGCACAUGCUGUUGUUGCGUUCUGCUCCCCAGUUAGUCUACAGUCUCACCAGCCAUUUACGGGACCUGUCUAUCUUGUCCAACGAGUCAAUUGUGUGGAAGGCAGGGCUGGGAAUCGCGUUUGUGGCAGCCAUCGGUAUGAUCGUGGCACGUCUCAUAAAGCCUGCCUCUAGAUAGUGAGUCGGUCUCGUCUGCAAAGUUAGGUUAGGUUAGGCUAGGUUAGGUAGGUUAUGUUAGGCCACAACCCACUGUCUGCUAGUCAUGUAUAUAUUAGAUAUGUCCGGUGUUUGUAUACAUAAUUUGUUGCGUAGGAAUAAGACUGAACUUCGAAUUUUACUGUAAUUGAAUUUGCUAUGUAACUCUGGAAUUAAUAAGGUUGUUGAAAAAAUCGAUUUAAAACCAUCAGCUCAUUGUAGUUAUUUUUUAACUCUGAGGUUACCUGAAUUUGAACAUUGCUUUCUUGUCACUUAGUUAAUGUUUAAUUAACCCAUUCAGUUAGUCCAUAAUAUUAUUGAGGACUAAGUACCCUUCCCUUAUUGAAUAUGCGCCUAAAGAGCUUUUUCUCAGAAUUGACUUUUGAGAAUAAAAAAAAUUAUUUAUGUAUAAGUGUAAAAAAUGCUUUAUAUUAAUACUGAUAUGACAGGUUUAUUAAGCAAAAUAAUUUACUGUUGUUUAUUAAUAUGCAUUCAGAAAUAAUAACUUUAUUUGCUGUGAAGUGUGAAAUUUGCUUAGACUAAGGCAGUAACAUAACAAGCUAAAUACAGAUGUGUUUUUAAAAUAACUAAAUAUUUAAACUAGCAAAAGAUAUUUCACUAUAGAUAUAUCACUAUGAUGAUUAGUACAAAAAUCAUAACGAUUUUGCUUAACCACAGUAGAAUCUUAAGUCUGGCCUCAAUUGAUUCAGUAACCAUAAGGUUUGAGUGGACUUGGGGUGUUUUUCAGUCAGUGGCACAACCCAAUGAUAAUCGCUAACGAUAAAUAUUCUUUUUCAAGCAAUAGAAUAACUAGAGGUUUCGUGAGAUAAUGUCUUCCUAAUCCGUGUAGCUCAAUGCAAAUUUUCCACGAUAUUGUGGUAUCUGUAUUAUCAACAAUACUUGAGUGCUUUAUAAAAGCACUUUGAUUUUAUAAAAGCACAGCAGGAAUGAAUCGUACAGCAGAGAUGACAGUAAAAUGAUCCUCUGUUCUGUUGGCUUCCGGUUAACCGCAGUUUGGAUCAAAACAGGAUAAGCUACUUUUGCAUUUUUUUGUGAAAAAAUUAAGUAAGCAUUUCCGGUCAACUCUCUUUUUUAAAACUGAAAUAAUGUUAUGAAUAUGAAUACAAUACCGUAACUUUUUCCUUGCUGUGUCCUUUGGUCAGAGAUAUAUUUUAAUUAAACAAAGUAAAAGUUGAGUAUAAUUCAUUUGAAAGUUUAUUGAUUUAAACUUAAAACGUUUGUUGCUAAAUUGAUCAUAAAUGACAGUUUUUGUUUUAAAUUUUGUAAUAAAUUAAUAUGUAAACAAUCUUGUGAUAUUUGUGUAUUGAUUAUUUAUUUUGUUAUUAGAGCCAGGCUUAAUUAGGCAAUGUUCUAAUCGAGAGUAGGGUCAUAUUUUUAGAAAUUAAUUUUAAUAGAAAAACUAAUUACACAAAUAUUUUAUAAGUUGAUAAAAAAUAUUUAAAAAAUAAAACAUUCAAUUUUCAUUUUAUGAGUAAUAACAGACAAAACAACAGAGUUUUCACACUUUUUCAGAAACAAACAAAUAAUUAGUAUAUUAUAUUUAGAUAACAUUUCAUUGAAGUAUUAAUUGAAAAUGUUACAUUCAAUUUGCACUGGACAAGAAGGUUCUACUGUAUCAAGGAAUUGCUUAGUUGAAAUAUAUUUUUGUUACUAACAUAAAUGGUUGUUAUAACGCUUUUACAAUUUGUAACUUGGCUUUUUCUUAACUUUGCUAGAAUAUAUUUGUUAAAAUCAUCUAGAGUUAUCAUAAGAUAAUUUAACAAAAUUGUAUAUUGUUUGUAAAUAUUAGUAAAAGCCUCUGUAAACCAUACUGACUGAUGUCUCAGUUAUUAAAAGUCUAGAUUAAAUUGAAUUGAUUUUUAAAUAUCUGUAAAAUAGGUUACUGUAUAACUACAAGUAUUAACGAGUAUAUUUCUGUCAUAACAAUUUUUUGUCUUAGUGUUACAAUAUAAAUCUGCUUUUCAAACUUACAAAUAAUUCGUAGAGUUUAAAAGUACGGUUAACUGUAAAGUUUAAGCAUUCUUGUUGUUUAUUUUUAUCCAGAUCAACUAAUGUUCAUUCCAGAUUAACGGCAAUCUACUAUAUCACUAUUCUUUUAAAAUUUUAUGUUCUGUAGAUAUUUCCUUGUCUUUGAAAUACUACAAAACCUUAGAGUUUCUAUGUUGAAAAAUGAACAAUCAAUGAAAUUUGUAUCCAUUUCUGAACUUGUAUGUCACUUCAUUUUUCUUAUCAUUGCAUUUUAUCUGUUCACAAUUUAAAUCCGUCUUGUUAAACAUUUAAACUGUACUAUGAGUUAAUAGUUUUUCAGUGUCUUCUUGUAUCUUCUUGUCCUCUGUGUAUUUUUUUCUUAAACACUAUAAAAAUUGCACAAUGUGUGUUUAAAUGAAUUAGUCUGUAACACUCCUUCAAAAUGUCAAUAGUUUGUAUAAGGAAAAAAUACUGAAUUGUUUUAAUUUUUCAUUUUGCCUUUCAUAUAAGAGGUUAUUUUAAUUGUUACUAGCUAUAGUUAAAACUUAAAAUUUCAUGAUUUUUAAAUAUAUGCAGUGAGGUGCGGUUUA